GAAAGCUGGUUACCCAUGAACUCCUGCAGCACAGUCGAGGAAGAAGGUAGGCUCCAGUGGAUUUGACAUUUGUGAGCGUGAGUCGCGAGACUGUACUGCAGCCAAAGACGUCGGAUGCACAAUGUCCCAGCAGUCUCCAGCCGACCCUGAACGGCCAGGAAAUGCAGCCGUGGGUCCUGUAGGAAUUGACUACAUCCCCACAGAGGAUGAGAGAAGAGUGUUCAGGGAGUGUAAUCAGGAAAGCUUCUGGUACAGAUCUCUCCCUUUAUCUGCUAUCAGCAUGGCCUUCACUCAGUUCCUUAUCUCUAGAGGUGCUCUUACAGCCUCCGGUAGAUUUGGAUCUUUGCCCAAAGUUGCUUUUGCUGGUAUUUUUGGCUACCUGGGAGGGAAGAUGUCAUACAUGAAGACAUGCCAGGAGAAAUUUAAGAGCUUGGAGAAUUCGCCGUUGGGGGAGGCACUGAGACAGAGACAGCGCCACCAGCCACCAGUGUUUACCCAGAUGCACCCGGAAAUGAGUGAUCCAAACAAAGCUGAUUUUCAACUUGAUGAUCAGAGGAAUCAGUCAUUCUCCAAUUCUAGUGAUUUCACUUACAGUGACCCCGUGUCCUCAGCAGCUCAGUAUGACACUCAAAUUACAGCAGAACCAACUUACGCUGAGCAGGAUGUACAGAAGAAACACAUUCUGUACGAGGAUCUACGGAGUAAGAACAGGGAAAACUAUGAAGUUACAACGACUCAGAAACCAGAGACACUGUUGAAGCCUUCACCUGAGACCAUCCCAGCCAAGAGAGGGAAGAAGAAUAUAUAUGGAGACACAUGGGAGGAAUGAGAGCUGCUUCAACACUGUUUCACUGUCUAGAACCGCUGUCUGUAACUGAUGUCUUUUACAAUACAGAUGUCUAACUAUGUCUGAGAAAUGUCUGUUCUUCACUGUGUACCUAUUUCAUUUGGUUAAAGACUAUUUUUAUUUUUACAGUGUGUACAGCUUACAACCUUCAGUUGCUGGUACCCAUUGACUUCCAUAGAAUGGGGGGAAAAAAUCAAUAUGCAAGUCAUUGGGGACCAACUAAAGAAGAACUACUAUCCCUUUUAUACAUGAUCUAAUAAUAGCAGCAAGAUUUUUCUACAUUCCUGGAAGACCACUUUAUUGGUGCUUUCCCACUCACUGAACUGGUCCCACAGUUCCAUUAGCACUAGCGUUUUUAGCACACCAUGAAAUUAUAAUUACUGUCUUCAAAACUGUAUGACGUUUUUUUUAAAUCAUUAUUACAAUUGCAGGAAUCAUUUAGGUCAGCGGCACAUUUGUUUCAAGAAUGAGUUAUAUGUCAUCUUUAAUACCCAAGAUUCAUAACCCCCUAAUUAGAAAUAUGAGCAAUUAUUAGCACAUACAGUUUUGCUAAGACGGACUAAUCCACAAUAAUUAUGGUAAAAUAAUUUGACAUUAAACCCUUUGAAUUUAAACAGUCAUCACAAUACAGGCAUACAACAAUCAGAAUUGAAUGGAAAAAAAGAAACACGAAAAUCAAGUUGGGCAUAUUUUAUUUCUGUACACACAUUGUACAUAAAUACACUGAAAUUAUUUUUUGAAAAAUAAAAAUGAUGUCCCUGGGAUUUGGGAUGACAUCAGACGAGAGAUUUCAGUAAUAAUAUCGGUAAUCACACACACACACACACA